CGGGAAGGGAGGCAGGGCGCCGGCGAGCCCGGGGCGCCGGGCGGGAAGUGGGCGCGGCAGCGGCCCCGAGCAUGGGAGCGCGGCCCCCCGGCCGGCCGCAGCCUGUGGAGCCCGGGCAGCCGCGGAGGCCCCGCGCGGGAGCCGAGAUGUGUCUGCGCCUCGGUGGCCCCUGUGUGAAUGACUUUGGGAGAGUGCUGAUGAAGACGGGGCUGGUGCUGGUGGUGUUGGGCCACUUGAGUUUCAUUGCCGCUGCUCUGCUCCACGGCACCGUGCUGCGCUACGUGGCUGCCCCCCACAACGCUGUGGCUCUGCAGUACUGUGUGGGCAACAUCCUCUCUGUCACCUCUGCCAUUGUGGUCAUCAUCUCAGGCAUUGUAGCCAUCAUCUUGUCACGCUACCUCCCCAACAUCCCUCUGCGCUGGACAGUGUUUAGCUCAAGUGUGGUCUGUGCCCUUCUCUCCCUGAUCUGUGCUCUCGGCCUCUUGGCUUCCAUCGCUGUGACCUUUGCCACCCAGGGCCAGGCACUGCUGGCUGCCUGCACUUUUGGGAGCACUGAACUACUGUCACUGGCACCUGACUGUCCCUUCGACCCCACACGAAUUUAUAGCUCCAGCCUGUGCCUGUGGACCAUUUCGCUAGUGUUCUGCUUGGCGGAGAGUGUGUCUGCUGUGCGCUGUGCCCAAUUUACCCACCAACUACUAGAACUGAGGCCGUGGUGGGGGAAACAUAGCCACCACUCGGAGAGCCCGGAACCUGUGGAGGACCAUGACCUGCUGAGCUGCGCCAGCUCUGAGCCACUGACCCUCUGACUGCCUAGCCUUCUCGGGGUCCCAUAGCACUAGGGACCCCCUGCACUGUGACCAGGCUGAACUCCUGGAGCUGGCCCAAGAGGACUCCGUGGUGGCCACAUAGGGGGUGGGGCUUGUAGCCCCUCUCCCGGCCGGCCACCCAGCCCACUGCACUGAAACAAGACUUUAUUCUGAAGUUAUUAAAAAGAACAGAGAUGUUCCACUUGGAUGCAUGCAGCGGGGAGAGGGCUUGGCUUUCCUGCACAGGACACUGCUGGGGGGAAGCAAGGGGGAUCCAGGUGCAUUUGCCCGUCUGUCUGGGGGCCUGUGAGUGUGUUUGAGAAGCAAAAUAUACGGAGGGGUCCCUGGUUCUGUUUGGCUGUGCUGAGCGGCAGAGGGACAGGAAUGGAGGUGCUCCUUUUGCAUCAAGGAAGUCGGCCAACAGGAGCUGCAGCAGGAAGGGUUGAGGGCCUCCGCAGAAGUUUGGCCCAAGGAAGCCUUUUCCUCAGACCCCCACAUUCUGGAACCUUUGCUCCCUUUCAAAUAAAAGCUGGUUGCUCACCUA